AAACUUUUUAGUACCUCUUCCUCAAUUCCUCUCUCUCACUCUCUGUCCGCCUCUCUCACUUCCUCUUCCACCAGCAACCUGCUCCGACCCCCUUCGCCGCCCACCUCCGUGCUCACUAGUCCUCCAAGAAAAAUGGCAGCAACGCUCCUAAAGAGCUCGACCCUCCUCUGCCCCUCUCUCGCCUUCACGAAAUCGACAGCAAAACCCCAUCUCCACUCAAAUCUCCGCUCUCUCCUCUUCAGAUCGAGAUCAAGAACCCUCAGUUUGGCCUCUCGUUCUCCCUCCACGAAACCCAAUGAUGCUGAUUCUAAUAAUGGGAGUCCGCCUGCUCCCGAGGUUUAUUUAUACAAUACGAUGUCGAUAUCGAAGGAGAUGUUCAAGCCUAGGGUUGAAGGGAGGGUGGGGAUGUACGUCUGCGGGGUCAUUGCUUAUGAUCUGAGCCAUAUCGAGCACGCUAGGGUUUAUGUCACCUUCGACGUUCUUUAUAGGGGCUUGCUACUAUCAAAAGAUCAACGAAGGUAAUCUCUUCAGCUAGCAUUCUUUUCUUCAUGCAUAAUACUGAACAAUUGAUUUCCCCUGCAUAAUACAAACUUUAUUGAAGGUUAGGACUAAACAAACUGAACCGAACCGCACCGAACCUACUUGUAACGGUUCGGUUCGGUUUUGAAUAAUGGGUGGUUCGGUUUGGUUGUUCAAAAUUUGAUAAAAACCGACCGAACCGACCGUUUGCACACCCCCUACAUAUAUGGGUUAAUCCUAACUACCUGUUUAUUUAAACGGGUACUUAGGGUCGACCCGUAUAUAACCCGUUUAAUCCAUAUAAUCAACUAUCUAACUCAUUUUCUAGCUCUGUUUUCCACGGGCGACUUUAACAUCAGUUGAUUGUACUUUCAAAGGCUAAUUCAUAGAGGAACCAUCUUUUUUUUUCUUGAGAAAAUAGAGGAACCAUCUUUAAAGUGCGUUCUUAUUGUAGUUAAUCACUUUGAUCUAAUUUCUAAUUAAAAUUCGACUGUGAUUUUCUAAAUACUUUUAGAAAUACACAUGCCAGGUAUGUGACAUGUCUUCCUAAUCGAACUUAGCG